UUGUUUAGAAUAAUAAAUAUUCGGAUUCGGAUACAUUUCUUCCUAUUUCUAAUUUUUGCAAACAAAAUAAAAAUAAAUAAAUUAAACGCUAUAAUUAUAUAUACAUAAAUACAAAAUUUACUGUUAUAAUUUCAAAUUACAAAACAAGUUUUAUAUCUUUAAAUUGAAAUGGAAGAUGAGAUAGUUUCUUGUCUACCAAAAAAUAGUGAAACCAUCGAUUUCCAAGGCUGGAAUAUUUCCUAUGAAAAAUCUCAUAUUUUAAAAAGUGUUUGUACCAAUGGCAAAGAGAAUUGUCCAGAAAAUAGUCCAAAUUGUUGUGAAUUAUGCACCUAUCGUUAUGCUCUGGAGUUGCCUCAUCUACCAGAUAUGGUAUUCCAUAAAAAUAGAUUAACAUUAAUUCAUUCAAAUGGAGCUCAAUUAGAUUUUAAGCCAAUGGAUGCUCUUCAUUUGGUUGAAAAUGGAAAGCAACCUUUGCAAGUGGCUUGUGCUGAAGAAUGGCAAGAAAGCAGGUCUGGUCAUUUGUUGGAAGAAAAAUUCAAACCAUUCGAUUGGACAUUCUCAACCAAUUACCAAGGAACAAUGAACGAUAAGAUACGUAUUGAGGAGACUGACUUAAAACUGAAUAUAUUCAAGUUGAUGCAAAAGGAGAAGAUACUUUUUUAUCAUGAGCUAACAUUGUUUGAAGAUGAAUUGCAUGAUAAUGGGAUAUCAUCGUGUUCGGUGAAAAUUCGCGUCAUGCCAUCUGGAUUUUUUAUACUCCUACGUUAUUUCCUGCGUGUGGACAAUGUAAUGCUCAAAAUAAACGAUACUCGUUACCAUUACGAAAUCGAGAAUGAUUUUAUUUUGAAAGAGUACACCGCCAGAGAAGCGAAAUAUGAUGAACUUAAAACCGUUCCUCCUGCUUUAUUUACUUUACCCCAUGAAAUCGAAAAGUUUCUACCCAUCAAGACAAAACAAACGUUCAAAUUAAUUUUUAAGUAAAAAUCUCUAAAGCCACCCCAUCGCUGCCGUAUUAAGAGGUUUAUCUCUCCAAAACCAUCCAGUGAUUAUAUGAAAUUCAAUCGUCUUGCGAGAAGUUCGAGUGAAAUUAAUAAAAAAAAGUUGUAAUGUAAAAUUA